AUGACAUCGAUAAAGAAAAGAUCGCUUUUAUGGGAACAUUUUGAUAUAGACAGUGAUGAUCCUAAGCUUGCUGUUUGUUUACUAUGCAAUGUUAAAAUUUCACGUGGCGGCGUAGGGAAAAAAGCAGGUACUUCUGCCAUGAAAAAUCACAUGAAAACAAAACAUCUAAAUGAAUUCCGUGUACUGAAUAAAGAUCUUGCCGCUGUCGUGCCUACAACUUCUUUAGCCAUCCCGGGGACAAGUUCAUCUUCAGUACCAAAUAGGCAAUUGACUUUAACAGAUACUUUCGAAAGGAAAUUGCUUUGGGACGUUAAUGAUGCUAAAGCCAGGAAGUACCAUUAUUUAAUAGCAGAAAUGAUUGCAUUAGACAACGAGCCAUUGUCCAUUGUAGAAAAAACCGGUUUCACCAGACUCCUGGAACAAGCUUUACCCCGAUAUAAAUUGCCAAGCCGUACUUAUAUUACACAAAAUAUCAUUCCUGACAUAUAUGACAGAAUUUAUGAGAAAAUUAAAAAUAACAUGUCAAGUGCCUUCGCUAUUUCAGUGACUUCUGAUAUAUGGACUUGCUUACACAACAAUGCUAGCUUCCUGAGUUUCACAGCCCAUUGGGUAUCUCCUGAAUUUAAACUAGAACAUGGAGUUCUUGCAAUGAAGCCUUUCUUAGGUUCACACUCUGGAGAAAAUAUAGCAAAAGAGCUUAACACUGUCGCGAACUGCUGGGACCUUGAGCAUAGUAAAAUACAUUUAUUCAUUCAUGACAGUGGUGCUAACAUGGUGAAGGGUGUUCGUUUGGCUGAGUAUGAUUCUGCUAGAUGUUUCAUACAUACGCUUCAGAGAGCUAUAAAUGAGUCGCUCAAAGCCCAGGUUGAAGUGACAACAAUGAUUGCUUCUGGAAGACGACUUGUUACACACUUCAAUCAUUCAGGCUUAGCUCAAGAAAAACUACUAGCGAUUCAAAAAGAGCUAAAUCUACCCGAGCAUCAGUUGGUGCAAGAUAUCAGUACUAGAUGGAAUUCCACUUUCUAUUUAAUGGAGCGUCUGUUAGAACAAAAGAGGGCCAUAUCAUUGUUUGUUGCUGAUCAUGAUACACUCACUAAUUUGACGGCUCAACAGUGGUGUUUGAUGGAGCAAUGUAUAAAUUUAUUGAAACCUUUUGAAGAAAUAACUAAAAUAACAAGUUCUGGUCUGUCCUGCGUAUCGGAAGUUAUACCACACGUUACUGCUUUAAAAAAGUAUUUAGAUAAAGAUGAAAUUGAGCAAAGAACGCCGGAUUUACCACACAUGCGGGCCUCGUUAAAAGCUGAACUAGAGAGUCGUUUUAACUGCUUAAAUCAAGACUCUAACUACUUGAUUGCUACUUAUCUAGACCCGAGAUUCAAAACAAACUACUUGGGAGUGGUUGAAGCUGAAAGAGCUCGCCAGGAAAUUCUACUGGAGUACUUAAAAAUGUCUAGCGAGGAGUCUUCCAGUUCAUCGUCAACACCGGCUAAAAAAAGUAGAGUAGAGGAGACAGUGUCAGCUGUAUCUCGCGAAGCUCAUUACACGUUCUGGGAUUGCUUCAAUGAAGUAGGAAAUGAAAAUAAUACUAGCCAAUCUCAUCAUGAAGAAAGAAACGCGAUUUUAUGUGAAAUUGAUUUGUAUCUAAAGUCAGUGCGAAUUGCUCGCGAUCGUGACCCUUAUAUUUGGUGGGCAUCUAAUGCUACACAAUAUCCAAAUUUAUCGAAGUUUGCCAAAAUCUAUCUUUCAGCACCCUGCAGCAGUGUGUACAGCGAAAGACUUUUUUCUGAAUCUGGCCUUGUUUAUGAAGACAGGCGAAACCGCUUGCUACCUUUCAAUGCAGAGAAACUAGUAUUUAUUCACCAUAAUUUGCCCUUAGUGCAGUACGAGUACUAA